AUGGAAAGUCAAGUAAAUAUAAAAGGAUUUCUGAAGAGUCUUAGUGGAGAAUGCUUAAAAGAAAUGCAAAGUGAGGAAUUUAGAGCCAAAUGAAGCCAAAAUAAAAAUUCAGUUAAUAACCUUGAAUUGAAAUUAUACUGAGUUAGGUUGAAUAAUAUAUAAUUGAAAGAUUAUGCUUUACCCUUUACCUUUCGAGCAGAUUUAUAUGCAACAUCUCACAUUUAUAAAGCAAUUCAAUUGAAACUAUUAUAUAUAUUACAAAAAUGAUUUAGCAAUAAUAAAUAUUUAUAGUUUUUAAGAGAAUUCACAAGCUUAUAUCUAUAAUUCAUCUGAAAGUAUCAUAAAAGCUAAAGAAAGACUGCUAUUAAGAAGUAUAUGCUCGCUUCCGAAAUCCACUACAAUUGAUACACAAAAUAUGCUAACACAAACAACAGCUCCUUCAAUUUCUCCAAAAAGCAAGGCAAGUGCAGAAUUUGAAGAUUCGUUAGAAGAAAAUUCCAUUAAAAAGACCAUUACAAGCCGCUCAAUAUCUCCUAUCUUAAGCUUGCGAGAGUCAAAAAUACUAAUGAAAUCGCUAAGAUUAAGCCGAGACUUUCCUCCAACCGAUCAAGAAAUCAUUGAAAAUCAAAUCGCUACUGAAAGACUAUACAAAGAAGCGUUAGAAUUCAAAAGGGAAGAAAUUAAAUGCAAAUGGGAUUGCAUAAGAGAAGAAAAAAUCAGACAAGAAAACAGGAAAAAAAUAGAAGAAUUAAAAGAAAUAAAUUACCAGAAAAACAAAAAUAGCGAGUUUAAAAAAGUAUUAGAGGAAAUCGAAAAAAAUAAAAAAUUAGAAGAAAGGAAAGCAAAAGACGAAGAAUUCAAAGCACUUUUAGACGCAAAAAGAGCUUUGAAUAUGAAGGACAGUGUGAAACUACGAGACGAAUUAGAAAGAAAUGUAAAAAAUAUGUAGAAAGAAAGCCACAAAUUAAAAAUCACAUACGAAGAAUCACAGAAACUAGAAAAGAAAAUGUAUAUAAAGAUGAAAAGAGAAUACGAUCAGGACUCCCGGGCAGCCUCCAAGUUGCUAAAAACCGCCAAAACUUCUGUUGAUCUCACAGAAGAGCGCUUCAACAGAUCUCAAAAACUCGCACUAACUCUCGAAGAUGCCUUAAAAGAGCACAAAGAAGCCCUUUCUAAACUUCUGUCCACGAAAAAAGCUCUGCAUAAAUCUUAA